AUGGCACAGCAGAAGGACUUAUCGCAAAACCUUCUGACAGACGGAGUGAAACCCAGCAAUGGCGGCUUCGUACCGCCGGCUGGGUUGUGCUGGAUAUCGGUGCUCGCCUGUCUGCUGCUGGCGUGUUCAUAUGUCGGGAGUCUGUACGUGUGGAGGAGCGAGCUGCCGAGGGAUCACCCCACUGUGAUAAAGAGACGCUUCACCAGUGUACUCAUUGUGUCGGGCCUGUCGCCUCUCUUUGUGUGGGCAUGGAGAGAAUUCACUGGCGUCCGGACUGUCCCAUCAUUACUCGCUCUUAUGGGGAUCCGGUUUGAAGGCCUCAUUCCUGCAAUCAUGCUUCCUCUGAUGCUCACCAUGGUCCUGUUUCUGGGGCCCCUCAUGCAAUUAGCGAUGGACUGUCCCUGGAGCUUUAUGGAUGGGAUCCGGGUGGCUUUGGACCCGUCGUUCUGGAUGUUGUGCUUUAGCGACAUGCGCUGGCUGAGGAAUCAGGUGGUGGCGCCGCUGACGGAGGAGCUGGUGUUCAGGGCCUGCAUGCUGCCCAUGUUGGUGCCCUGUGCGGGGCCUCUGGCCGCCAUCUUCACCUGCCCGCUCUUCUUCGGAGUGGCUCACUUCCACCACGUGAUCGAGCUGCUGAGGUUCAGACAGGGGACGUUGUCGGGGAUCUUCCUCGCUGCAGUGUUCCAGUUCUCCUACACGGCGGUGUUUGGGGCCUACACUGCCUUCCUCUUCAUCCGAACAGGUCACCUGAUGGGCCCGGUGCUCUGCCACUCCUUCUGUAACUACAUGGGUUUCCCGGCUAUCACCACGGCAAUGGAGCACCCCCACCGCCUCGCCGUCCUCACCUCCUACCUGAUGGGGGUACUCCUCUUCCUGCUCUGCCUGUUCCCCUUCACCGACCCCGCCUACUAUGGCCUCCCCACACCGGUGUGCACUCUCACCUCCUCCCCCAGCUCCCUCUGCCUCUCCUGACCCCCUCUUGCUGCCCCACACUUCUAUUGUCAGGUUUUUUUUUUGCCAAGUUAAGCGUUCAGCUGAGUAGUCUGCUUAGGAAGGUGGGGAUGAAUGUCUAUGAUGAAUGCCCGUAUUAUUACAAUAAGCGUGUCCUUGCAGAAUCAAAGCGAUAUCACAAAGAAGUCAGCUUUGAUCUUCUGUAUUUGCAGUAGUGCACGCAUACAUUAGUGCUGCAGCAGCUGUCUUUUUUAUUCAUUUAUUAAUCCAACCAAUGAGACAGGAUACCGUGCCCUGAUAUUUCUCAGCAGGCUCAUGCUGUUGUAAAAUGCAUAAACAUUGGCCAAUCCAUCAGUUUUUAACGGGAACAUCUUGGCAUUGGCCAAAUAAAUCCAGUAUUAGCUGGGCUGCUUUUUAGUUUUACCACAAACAAGGUUUAUAUAAUCAGUUGGUUUGUUCACAACUUAUCUGACCACGUCCGCGCCCCCCCUCGUCCAACAGAAAGCAUGGCCAGGUCUAUCCGCAGAAGGCCUGAGUGGUAGCCUUCUGAUACAUGUGGGGUUUGGGGUCGGGUUGGUUUCUUUUUGCUGCGUGUGGCUGGUUCUCGGGUGUGGAUCUUACUAGUUGGGUUCAGGUGAAUCCUAAGGAAGCAGCUCCAGGCCGGUGUCUCGAUACAGAACUCCUAUUAGGUUCUUAUAGACUUGAACUAUCUUUCUGAUGCCUUUUAGCAUCUCUGGAGUGACAACACAUGGAAAUCCCUGAAGGGGGUUGUCGGAGAAUGUGGUUCUUAUGGCUGCACUGCUUUGUGGUCCAUAAAGCAACCCCUCCCACUCUGCUGUAGCUGCACUGGAGCACAGGUGUGCUGUUGAAAUGACAUGUGGGCUUGUUUGUGACGCCCACAUGUCAUCUGGAGUUGUUAUCUGCUGUAGAGAAACGUUGUUUUACUGUUUACUACUUAGUAAAAUACCUCAAGGGUUUUACUGCUGCUGGUCGGGUUCCUGUGGGUGAAGGGAUAUCCCUUUCCCCAGGUUUUAGGAUUUAGUGGUGACACCACAGAUCCCGAAUGUGAGUUUUGUUUAGCUGGAAACUUUUGGGUUUGGGUCAUUUUACAUCAUUUGUUUUGCCCUUUUGGCCUCAAAGAUUAUUCCUUUUACGUUAAGAUCCUAGACUUGGUGCAGUACUGAAGGAGAACAGCACUUCUACAGUCAGUGUACAUGCACUAUGGUUCUUGUUUUUGAGAUGAGUCACGACGCUGUCACUUUUCCAUCUACAUAGUUUAUAAUCCUUUUACAUUUUUUCGUUUUUAAUAUCACAGUUGGAUAUUUAGCCUCGCUGAGGGGAAAUCUGCAUUCGGCUCGAGCUCAUUUUCACUAAUGCUUCCACCCAACUUCGUGGGGAGGAGGACGCCGAGGGGAGAAUGUCACUGGGGAUGGAUGCAUGUGAGCUUUAGUUUCAUCUGCCUCUUGCGUCAUGUGCUUCUCUGCUCCACUCCAGUGGGCUUUUGAACAGUAGUUCUGAACACCUUGGCCCCAGGAUGUUAUUCCCGUACAAAUGGGUGUUAUAGUGAUGGACAAACACAUUUUGUGACGUGGUCGUCCAGGUUUCUUGUUCUUCACUGUUUUCACAGUUUUGCAGUGUUCAAAUUAAAUUGGCCCAUAUAGAAAUGUAACUUUCCCUUGAAUCCAUUCACACCUGUACGAUGUUGUACAAUGUUACUGUGUGUAGGUUUAACAUACAAUUCCAAUACAUCACGUAAGAUAGUUUGUAUCCUAGUGUCCUGAUAGCAAACCGUUGUUAUUUGAUUAGUGGUUAUCAAAUAACAACCAAGACCAGUUUUGUUGACCAUUGACCUAACUGGGUAAAUUAGUUCUGGACCCACUAGCUCGAGGGGUCCUUCAAUUUGUCCCGGGGAAUCAGACGGUGCUUAUUGUUGAACCCUGUAUCAUUACAUGUUGUAAUCUUUGUAGGAAUAUGUUUUUUCAGAAUAAGGGCACAAACCUGAAUAUUAUGUGCAUGCGUGGUCCGUGUCACUGCGAUGAUGUGUAUUCUCUCAUGUUCUCUCUGUCAUAAACUGCAAGUCCGUCUGACAAAGCUGUCAGCGUCCAGGGGACGGACAUACCUGGGGUCAUUACCAUAACUCUCUGCCAUGUCUUUUCCAAUGCUGCCACUGGUGGGGGCCAUUUGACAGCGAACGCACAGUGGCUUUAACGAGAAAACAAAGAAAACUACACCAGUCAAAUCCCACAGCAGUUCUUUGUUCCUGCCACCCCAUCAGCUGAUUCCAAUAUCUAUAUAUUUUCUGUAUAACUCUGUGCUCUUGCUCUUGCUCCACCAAACUCAAAUGAGUCUUUUGAGCUUUUUUCCGUUCCCUGUCGGCGGCUUAACCUCCGACUCAAUCGGGUUGUGGAAACACCAGUUUGGCCUGUUAUGCUACAGAAAGAGACAAAAAGAAAUAAAAAGGCACUUGUAUUCUUUCCAAACCCUGUCUUCAGCCAGCAACGACACGUCAGUAUGCAGAUGGAAAAGCUGUUUUGAUAUUCCAACAGCGAGAGACACAGCUGAGUCUAUUUUUGCAGAGCUUUGGCAGCUCUGUUAUUUUAAUACACAGCACCCAAAGGAGGAGUAUUUCAGAACUUGUGAAAAAAGAGUAGAGGAAGUGAGCCGGGGUAACCAAACUCCACAGAUGUUUAUAUUGAGCACUAUCUUUUGUAAUCAGAUCUAUUUUGGUGAUGGGAACAGAGUGUACAGAUAUGUGCAUGUAUUUUAUGCUCACAGUGUCACACUUGUUGUACAUUUCAAGUUGGAGACGACUGAACCGUGUUUUGGUAUGACAAUCUUAUACAAAAACUUUAGAGUCACUCAACGAAGUAUCUAUUUGUAAAUAAAUGAUGUCUUUUUUGUUACA